UUUCUCCAAUCUGAUAUGUUUGAAAGUAGAAGGUUGUCGUAGCUUAUCAUAUUUGUUCACAUCCUCAACAGCCAAGAGUUUGGGUCAACUGAAAAGAAUGGAGAUAAAUAAUUGUGAAUCAAUUGAAGAGAUAGUGUCUAAUAAGGAGGAAUCAGAUGAGGAUGAGAUAAUAUUUCCGAACCUCAGUCGUUUGAAUCUUGAUUGCUUACAGAAUCUAAGAAGGUUCUACAGAGGAAGUUUAAGUUUUCCGUCGUUGGAGGAAUUGUCAAUAACAGCUUGCGACAAGAUGGUAACUUUAUGUCCAGGUACUCUAAAGGCAAGUAAGUUGUGUGAAGUUAUAGUUGGUUAUGGAGAAGCUAUUCCAUUGGAAAUUGAUCUUAGCUCUACUAUGUGGAAGGAAUUUAUGAGCAAGAUUGGUAAGAGAUCGAAUCUUGAGUUCAAAGAUAGGGAAGACCUACAAGAGAUAUGGCGUCUCUCACUGCAAAUCCCCGACUUUUGUUUCACUUACUUGGAAACCUUGAUUGUGGAUGGGUGCCAACUUUUAUCAUAUGUAGUCCCCUUCCGUGUGCUUCCUUUGGUGCCUCAAUUGCAAACAUUGGAAGUUCGAAACUGUGAUUCUGUCAAAACUAUAUUUGAUGUCAAAUAUGCACAAGACACACUCACUUUUCCUCUCAAGGAAUUAGUUUUACUGAAGCUGCCAAAUCUUGAAACUGUUUGGAAUGAAGAUCCUGCUGAAAUUGUUACAGACCCUAAUCCAGCUCAUUCAGAACAAACAAAUCCUAAGCUAAUUACACCGAACUUAGAACAUCUGACAGUGGGUGAAAAUGAACUGAAGAUGAUUGUGGAUGGGAAAUUUCAGAGAAACCUUUUACACAAGUUAAAAGUUCUUACUUUGUGCUUUGAUAAUGAGUGUGAUGAAUUUCCGGAGUAUGGAUUUCUACAACAGUUGCCAAAUGCAGAGAAGCUUGUGGUGUGUAGUAGUUCCUUCGAGCGGAUUUUCUGCCUUCAAAGACCUAAUAAUAGUGAAAUUCUUUUACAAUUGAAAGAACUACGCUUGGAGUCCCUUGAAAAGCUAGUUUCCAUUGGGUUAGACAACUCAUGGACCGAACCCUUUGUCAGAAAUCUAGAAACCUUUGAAGUCAUUAGCUGUUCCAGUUUACAAAACUUGGUAUCAGGCAGAGUGUCUUUCUCGAAUAUGAUAUGUUUAAAAGUUGAAAGUUGUGGUAGCUUGUCAUAUUUGUUCACAUCUUCAACAGCCAAAAGUUUGGCAAAACUACAAAGAAUGGAGAUAGAAGAGUGUGAAUUAAUCGAAGAAAUAGUAUCUAAAGGGGGGGAAUCAGAUGAGGAUGAAAUAAUAUUUCCGAAGCUCAAUUGUUUGAAUCUUAAAAAUCUGAAAAAUCUCCUAAGGUUUUACAAAGGCAGUUUAAGUUUUCCAUUGUUGGAGGAAUUGUCAGUAACAGAUUGCGACAAUAUGGUAAGUUUAUGUCCAGGUAUGCUAAAAGCAGACAAAUUGUCUCAAGUUAAACUUGAAGGAUCAAACACUCCAUUGGAAACUGGUCUCAACUUUACUAUGAGGAAGGAAUUUCUGAGAAAGAUUUCAGAGCUUGAGGAACUUGAUCUUGAAAGUAGGCCAGGACUACAAGAGAUAUGGCAUGGCUCAGUGCAUAUCCCCGACCUCUGUUUCAGUGACUUGGCAACAUUGACUGUGAAUGACUGCAGAUUUUUAUCAGAUGCAGUGCUACCCUUCCAUUUACUUCCUUUACUGCCUAGAUUGAAAACAUUGGAAGUUGGAAACUCUGAUUCUGUCAAAACCAUAUUUGAUGUCAAAUGUGCAACAAAAGACACGUUAAUUACUUUCCCUCUGAGGAAAUUGGUUUUAUCGAAGUUACCAAAUCUGGAGAAUAUUUGGAGUGAAGAUCCUCAUGGAAUUCUAAACAUGAGUCGUCUAGAAGAAGUACAUGUUAAGGAAUGUAAAGGCCUUACAAGUGUGUUUCCUGCAUCAGUAGCAAAAAAUCUUGUGGAACUUGAAGAUAUAGUAGUGGAAGACUGUGAGGGAUUGAUGGCAAUUGUUGCAGAGGAAUCUAAGGAGGGAGAUGAAUUAGAUGAGAAUGGGAUAAUAUUUCCGCGGCUCAGUUAUUUGAAGGUAGAAAGUUGCAAUAGUCUGAGAUAUUUGUUCAAAUCUUCGACAGCAAAAGGUUUGGGUGAACUCAAAAGAAUGAAGAUAAAAGAAUGUAAUUCAAUUGAAGAGAUAGUGUCAAAGGAGGGGGAAGAAUCUGAUGAGGACGAAGAAAUAAUAUUUAAGCAGCUCCAGGAUUUGUAUCUUGAAAAAUUAGAUGAGCUAGGGUGCUUUUAUUCUGGCAAUUUCACUUUAAGUUUUCCCUCCUUGGAGGAAGUCUACGUCAUCAAGUGCAGAUCUAUGAAAACUUUCAGUAAAUUCAACAAAAUAAUUCAUCCCAUAAAGUGGUAUUGUUCAGAAUAUGAGAGACCCCACAAAGAAAGUGAUCUUAAUUCUGCUGUGCGCAAAACUUCUGAAAAAGAGGCUCCAGAUGCUUCUAGUGCCAUCAUUUUAGUUCUUCAAUAGCUCAGAUAGUGAAUAUGGU